CCGACGUCUUGCAUUCAGUCACGAACCGUUCAAUCGUUACAAUAGUGACGUCAGUCUGUCAAAAUCUUUGGUUGGCACCACAAAGAGAACGAUGAAUGUGUGGAACGAAGAUUGCCAUCACAACGUCCACAUCCACCUGAGUUUUUGACUUGUGCUAUACUAUUGUUAGAUCCAACAACAAUGAGACCCCUGCCGUCGUUAUCUGCAGCCACAUUGGGCUUGGUGGUGGUCGUCGUCAUGUGCCAUGGACCAAAGAUCACAUCGUCCUUUCAGUUGACACGGUUUUCAAGUACCGGGACAAUCUUAAAAAGACAUCCACCACCACUAUGGACGAACAACAAAACUCUGAGGUUAUCCCAAGCGGAAGAAAAUCUGCCGGAAACCUCCAUAUCCGAACUACUGGUCGACAAUCCGCCUCGUGUCAAUCAAGAAAAUAUCUGGGAACAAAUGGCCAGUGCCGUUUACAACGUCGAAGAGGAUCCCACCAAAUUGCGCGAGUUUGUGCAGUUGGUCACGGUGCUACGAGUUGGAAUUCCAAGUCUCUUAUUGGCCACCACUGCCAAGCUGAUUUAUCCAUCGACGGCACUAUGGCUGGCGGCCCUCAUUGACGAUUCCGGAGCAUUUGCCGUUAUCUCGCAGGAUUCCUCACAGUACAUUCAAAAUAUUCUCACAACCAGUGGACUGGUAUUCUCACUACUCGUCGGACAAACCUACUAUUUCAUGUACCAGCAACAAGAAGCCAUAUACCUGGCUCUAUACCAAGAAGUCACAAUGGCAAAAUCAUUACUCGAACAAAUUGGAUUGGUCAGUCAAGGCAGAACGACCUUGUAUAAGAGAAUUCUACAGUGCAUGGAUCACUACGUACAAGAAGAUCUACAUCGAUUCAAUGACGUCGAACCUGCCGUCAUGCUCAGUGCCAGACCCGUAGACGAUCCACUGGAAGAUAUCCUCUACUUGACCAGUGUGGGAGAACCCUCCAUUGUCUAUCAAACCGUCAGGAGUCUCCGGCAAGCCCGUGCCUAUCGACUCGGGGCUCUGCAAAAGAAAUUGCCGUCCAUUCACAUGACACUUUUAUGGAGUCUUGCUGCAAUUGUUCUUUGUUCCUUCCCUUUGUUGGGGGCGGGGGCUCAAACCAUUGGCGGGACGGGGAUCCUCAAUGUUCAGGCGUGGUACCUAAGUUUCAUUGUGUUUGGAAUCUGUUUAAUCAUGGGUGUCGUGUACGAGCUACAAAUGCCAGGACGAAAUGGAGCAUAUAAUGCACGAGCUGUCUUGCAAGUCAUGGUGGCGGGAUUGGAAGAAGAGUUGAAAUUGAGGCUCAGUGGUGACUUUGUUCCCAAUACGGCUGGACCCACAUUGGAUAUCAAUCGACCGGCAUCAUCUGUUAGUCAAGCGGCAUUGCUACCCUUGGGCACUGCUCAAGAAGUCCUUCAAGCUUCAGAGCAAGCUUCGACCAUUGUGGACGUCACACCGGCAUCUACCGGUGAUACAACAACAAAGGAUUCCGAGACAAAGUCAACAGAGAAAAAGAAGGGUUUCAGAAGUAAAGUCAAGACGUGGGCAUUUGAUAUGGUGCAAAACAGCAUCACCAAAUUCAAAUAAAAUCAUAUAGAAUGCUACACUAGUUUUCAG